AUGCCGCGGAAGAAGUUUGCCUUUGCAUCUGCAGAGACAAGAUCCACGUACAAAUUUGUAUGUGUCGCCCGCAGCACUGGCGGUUUCAACCGGAAAAAGCGUCUGAGAAGGAAGUUGCGUCGUCAACUGCAACAAGACCGCGAUAAGUGGACGUCGAGAGCGAAGGAGUUUGAAAAGGCGUGGGAGGACAAGAACCCGCGGAGAGCCUAUGCUUUAUUAAAGCAGCAUAGCGGCAAGAUGAAAAGAUGCUCUCCAGUCCUCAACACUGCCAGUGGAAAGGCUGUCGGUGAAGCAACCCUUCCAAUUUGGAUGGAUCACUUCAAGACCUUGCUGAACUGGCAAGCGCCGUCAAUUCCUGAACUUGGGCACCUUGAUAGACUGACAUACGCGGUUAAGGAGGAACCACUGAUUGAGUCGGAGGUUCUGCUCUGCAUCCAAUAG